CGAGAAGUCGGCGUUGGAGAUUCAACCAAUUAGGGUGCAGCACGAAUUUAAACGGUUAAAAAGCCAGCGGGCAGAGCUCUGAGGAGUUUGAAUGCAACUUUGGCGGUUCAAAAUGGCGGCGGAGGGGUGCGAGGAGAUGAAGCCCGUAGAAGCGAAAGAGGCGGGCGAUGCUCUUUCUUCGCGGACAGCUCAGGAGGAGUCCGGCCGAGAGCAAGUUUUCAACCUCGUUGUUAACACUUUGCUGGAAAAGAUGGAGGAAGUCGGCAGCUAUCAAAAGUUUGCAAGCUGCUAUAAUCGUCUCUACAAAGUACAGCCUGAGCUCACUAGACGUAUUUAUGAUCAAUAUAUUUACCAUCUGCAGACUUCCUUUCGAAAGGAGAUCAGUGACUUGAAGGAAGAAGGGAAUCUUGAGGCACAUUUUAGAGCACUGGAUAAGCUUGUGGAGGAUGCAAAGCAGAGAGAAACACCUGCAUGGCGGCCCAGCGGAAUCCCUGAGCAAGAUGUCCGCAGUGUCAUUGCGCCAUACCUUCUGAAACAGCGCAAGAUCCUCCAGAAUACCCUGAAAGAGGAGGAGGAGAGGAGUGCUAAGUUGGCUGAAGUGGUGCUGGCUGGCAGAAAUAAAAUAGCAGAUCUGCAGAAGGAGAUCCAGAGACGCAAAGAAGAAUGGCAGAUGAUUGCUCAAGAAAGCCGCGAGAUGGCGAAUACACUUGAUGAGCAGCACUGAGAAAGCGAGACCUAGCUGGCUCCUGGUGAACAGAGGCGUCCUACCUUUUUGCCUUCUUAUAAUGGACUUCCUACAAAACGUGAAUCAGGCCAAUGAUUACAUCGCUUUGCAUUUUUCACAAUGUCGGCUGGAAUGCUCUGCUACUCAUGGUUGCUGUUUGGUUUCUUUAGAAGUCCUGUCCUUUGAGAAUCAGCAUGUCUUUUUUAACCGGUGCCGAAACUCGUCUUUUAGAGUCUGGAUCUUUGCGCUCCAGAUUUCUUUACCCAUCAAGAGAAUGAUCGGCACAGUCGCCAGCAUGACCUGGAUGGAGAGGAAGUUUGCUAACAGUGUGAUGUGGCUGCUCCCAGAAUCCUGGUGAUGUGAGAAAUGCAGAUAUUAAAUGUGAGAGGUAUGUUG